ACAUGUCCUUCCGCAAAGUGGUUCGGCAGAGCAAAUUCCGGCACGUGUUUGGACAGCCGGUCAAGAAUGACCAGUGCUAUGAAGAUAUUCGAGUGUCCCGUGUCACCUGGGACAGUACCUUCUGCGCCGUCAAUCCCAAGUUCCUGGCUGUGAUCGUGGAGGCCAGCGGCGGGGGUGCCUUCCUGGUGCUCCCCCUAAGCAAGACGGGCCGCAUCGACAAGGCCUACCCGACGGUGUGUGGACACACAGGACCCGUCCUGGACAUCGACUGGUGUCCCCACAACGACGAAGUCAUCGCCAGCGGCUCGGAGGACUGUACAGUCAUGGUGUGGCAGAUCCCGGAGAACGGGCUCACCUCCCCACUGACAGAGCCGGUGGUGGUGCUGGAGGGACAUACCAAGCGAGUGGGCAUUGUCACCUGGCAUCCGACUGCCCGCAACGUGCUACUCAGCGCAGGCUGUGACAACGUGGUGCUCAUCUGGAACGUGGGCACGGCGGAGGAGCUGUACCGGCUGGACAGCCUGCACCCGGACCUCAUCUACAACGUCAGCUGGAACCACAACGGCAGCCUCUUCUGCUCCGCCUGCAAGGACAAGAGCGUGCGCAUCAUCGACCCCCGCCGCGGCACCCUGGUGGCGGAGAGGGAGAAGGCUCACGAAGGGGCCCGUCCCAUGCGGGCCAUCUUCCUGGCCGAUGGCAAGGUGUUCACCACAGGCUUCAGCCGCAUGAGCGAGCGGCAGCUGGCGCUGUGGGACCCGGAAAACCUUGAGGAACCCAUGGCCCUACAGGAGCUGGACUCCAGCAAUGGGGCGCUGCUGCCCUUCUACGACCCGGACACCAGCGUGGUCUAUGUCUGCGGCAAGGGUGACUCCAGCAUCCGGUACUUUGAGAUCACAGAUGAGCCCCCCUAUAUCCACUUCCUGAACACAUUCACCAGCAAAGAGCCCCAGAGGGGCAUGGGCAGCAUGCCUAAGAGGGGCUUGGAGGUCAGCAAGUGCGAGAUCGCCCGGUUCUACAAACUGCAUGAGCGCAAGUGUGAGCCCAUCGUCAUGACGGUGCCAAGAAAGUCGGACCUCUUCCAGGACGAUCUGUACCCCGACACGGCUGGGCCUGAGGCAGCCCUGGAGGCAGAGGAGUGGGUGAGCGGGCAGGAUGCCAACCCCAUCCUCAUCUCCCUGCGGGAGGCCUACGUGCCCAGCAAGCAGCGGGACCUGAAGGUCAGCAGGCGCAAUGUGUUAUCCGAUACCCGGCCUGCCGUGGCCCCUAGCUCGGCCCGCCCCGGGGCUUCCACGUCUGCUGUGUCCGUCCAUACUCCCGUCCCCGGCGGCAGCCUCACCGGAGCCGCGGAGGCUGGGAAGCUGGAGGAGGUGAUGCAGGAGCUUCGGGCACUGAGGGCGCUGGUCAAGGAGCAGGGGGAGCGCAUUGGUCGCCUGGAGGAGCAGCUCGGCCGCAUGGAGAAUGGGGACGCGUAGGACCACAGGCCCAGGGGAUGCCACUCCCCCUCACUUCCUCCUCCUCCACUCUCUCCUCACUCAGCCUCUGCUGGCAAGUCACACCGCUCGCUGGCUGCCUCCUGCCCCCUGCCCAAGGCCUCCGGGGCAGGUUCAGGGGCAGUCCACACCGACCCACCCCGUGGGCCUGGGCUGGAGCCGCCACGCCUGACUCUUGUCGUCCUUACUGUGGAGGAUUUUUGUAUAUCAAGGCAAGCUUAUACUCUGAGGGACCAUCUCUCCCCAGCUCCCUGCUCCCUCCCCAGAGGAAGUGGGAGGGACAAGCUCUAUAUUUUCAUUCCAAAUAAAAUUCUCUUUCUAAAA